AUGCCACGAAACCAUAAAACGUCCUCAUCAAAUGGUCAUACAAAUGCAACAACGAAAAAAGUAAAAGACAAACCUACAUACAAAAUUAUUGUAUUAGGUAGUGGAGGAGUUGGCAAAUCAGCAAUAACAAUACAAUUUGUAAAAUCAUUUUUUUUCUCUGAUUAUGAUCCAACAAUUGAAGAUUCAUAUGUAAAACAAUGUUUAAUUGAUAAUCAAAUAGCACAAUUAGAAAUUCUUGAUUCAGCUGGACAAGAAGAAUUUAAACCUAUGCGUGAUCAAUAUGUACGUGUUGGUGAAGGUUUUUUACUUGUUUUUUCUUUAACGGAUCGUCGUUCAUUGGAUGAAUGUUAUAAAUUACAUCGUGAUAUAUUACGUAUUAAAGAUACAGAUAAUGUACCAAUGUUAUUAAUUGGAAAUAAAUUAGAUGUACGUCAAAUUGGUAUGGAUGUUCAUGCACAUGCUGCAGCUGCUUCUAUGCAUAUACCCUAUUUUGAAACAUCAGCUCGAACACGUCAUAAUAUUGAUGAAAUAUUUAUUGAACUUGUACGACUAAUAAGAAAAAAUAAAUGUCAAUAUCAAACAAAUAAUAAUAUAUUAUUAUCAAAACAAAAAAAACGAGAAAAUAAUCGUCAUUAUUAUUCUUGUACGAUUUUGUAG